CUGAACAAGAUCUGGGACACAACGCUGCGUCCUGGUGCGUGUGGAGACGCGACGCUGAGCUCGUGGCUGCUCACAAUGGAGAAGUCACCGUGCUGAACCCGCCAGUGCCUCCCCAGCGAAUCGGGCUUCACCUGGACUUUGAAAUUAAGCAGCUCACGUUUGUUUGUGCCGAGACCAUGACGCCUCUGCACACUUUUACACUGACAUCCAAGCUUCAUUUUCAUCCUGCCGUGUGGCUGCACAGCGGAUCGAUCACCAUAGCCCAACCCCUCAGUGGUGGCGUCUCCUCCGCUCCUGAGAAGAGUCCAGAACCCGCGUCUGGGUCUAAGUCAGAGGGCUAUCAGAGGGCACUGCUGCUGUCUAGGAGACCCAAUCUCGUCCUGCAUGAGAUGUUGAUGCAGGGCCACAUCAAGGAGCACGUCUACUGGAAGGCGUACAUGGAAAAAUACCCCAGCAUGUGUGAAAAGUUCAUCCGCAAGGAAGUUAAAAGUGUAAAGAAGGACGGGGAGCUCGAGGUAGUGAUGGAAGCCACUAGAAGUAAUGAAAGAGACUUCCUCGCCAUGUUACACUCAUCAGAAAGGUGCUCUCCCACCGUGAACCCCAAUUCCGUGAACUCCAACCUCCGCCUCUCCGUCGACCUCAGGACGGUGACUCUGUCCUCCGAGCACCACUCUUACCCCCACCACCCCGAGCGAUUUGAGAACUGCGCUCAGGCCCUGUGCCGCGAGGGCUUCUCCAGCGGCGCGCACUACUGGGAGGUGGACGUGGGCGGCGCGGAGCAGUUCAGAGUGGGCGUCGCGUGCGCCACUCUGCCGCGCGGAGGGAGCGAGGAGGCGCGGCUCCUGGGCGCGGGCGCGGACUCCUGGUGCCUGUGGAGACGCGAGGGCGGCUACGUGGCGAGCCACCGCGGCCUCCACAGCGCACUGGCGGCCGUGCGCCCUCUUCCCAGGAAGAUCGGCGUCCACCUGCGUUGGGAAGAGGGGCUCCUCUCGUUCUACUGCGCCGACACCAGGAGGCGGCUGCACUCAUUCAAUGCCACCGCCUUCCCAGGCCCUCUCUACCCCGCCCUGUGCGUGCACAAGGGGACGGUAACCAUACUCCGCCUGAGUCUACGGUUUGAGGAGGGUGAAGGAGCGACCGGUGAGGCGGAGGAGAGUGGAGGAGUGAAGAGAGGUGUGGUAGAAGGUGUGGGAGUGAACAGCGACACGAGUAAGAAUGUGGAGCUGCACACCAAGGUCGUGGAGAAUAGAGCAGAGAAGAGUGGAGUAGAGAAGAGUGGAGUAGUGGGUAGUGGAGUAGAGAAGAGUGGAGUAGAGAGGAGUGGAGUAGAGAAGAGUGGAGUAGAGAAGAGUGGAGUAGAGAAGAGUGGAGUAGAGAAGAGUGGAGUAGAGAAGAGUGGAGUAGGGAAGAGUGGAGUAGAGGAGGGUGGAGUAGAGAAGAGUGGAGUAGAGAAGAGUGGAGUAGAGAAGAGUGGAGUAGGGAAGAGUGGAGUAGAGGAGGGUGGAGUAGAGAAGAGUGGAGUAGAGAAGAGUGGAGUAGAGAAGAGUGGAGUAGAGAAGAGUGGAGUAGAGGAGGGUGGAGUAGAGAAGAGUGGAGUAGAGAAGAGUGGAGUAGGGAAGAGUGGAGUAGAGGAGGGUGGAGCAUCGCAGAUUGAGGUGGGGGACGGAGGGACUGGGGGAGGUGCUGCUGGGGAGAGUGAGGCCAGCAACGGAGCAACGCAAAACUCGAGUGGGGCUGGUAGGGGCACGAUGAGCGGAGCAGAGAGCGACGUAACUAAACUUGGGGACGUGAACAUUGGCUUAGGGACGAGUAAAGGGGAGAAGAGUGACGUGGAAACCAGUAGGAUAGUGAAGGUUGAUGGUGGAGGAGGGAAGAGUGGUUUGGAGGAGAGUGGAGUGUUGCAUAAUGAGUCGGAGGAUGGAGGAGCUUCGAGUGAGGUGGGAGAGGUUGAAGUAAAGGAGAGCGAUGCUGGGAAUGGUGCAGGAGAGAAGAAGAGUGGGGAGGAGGAGGUGUAG